CUGAAAUCUAUAAACCCAGCACAUCCAAACAAACACCGCUCCCUAAAACUACAAUUACGACACUUACAACACCACGACAAACAUCACCUACAUACACUACACCCCCAAAAUGCCACGCAAAAACUCUCAACGAACCUCACAGCAACAACAAAACCAACUCCAAGACCCCCUCAAAAGAAACCCCCACAUACGCACAACCCCAACCCACAUAUUCUUCCACUCCGGUCCCCUCUCCAACUGGCACCCCAGCACACCCCCCUUCCCAGGCCACAGAGCCCUAACCCUCUGUCUCCCGGACCUCGACGCCCUGGGAAUCCCACACCCAUCCCAAAAUGCCGCAGUAACACGCCUAAUCAGCUCAUGGUCAUUUACUUGCGGCGAGCAAUGGAUGAUGGCGAUGAAGGGGUGGUUAUUUGAGGAUAUCCCGGGGUUGGAUUCGAAUGUUGAUAUUUCAGACGAGGAGUUUGAGGCUGUUAGGGCUGUGGCUUUGAGUGUCUCUGAGCCAUCGCCGGAGGCCCCGUGGAAAGAGAAGGCGAUAUGGGAGUCGACGGUUGCGAGUGUGAUGAGGACGAGACAGCCGAGGGUGCAGAAAGCGUUGGGGCGUAGGGCUGAGGGGUUUCAGGAGGAUGUUUGGGAGUUUGCGAGUGAGGUUAUUGUGGCUGCUGGGUGUGUGGCGAGGGCGGAGGUGGAUGGGACGUUGAGGGAGGUGUAUCUUGCGAGUGGUGGGAGGAGGUUUGUGGAGGGGAGUGUUAGGGAUCGGGUUUGGGGGGUUGGGUUGCGGUGGGAUUCAGUCGAGAUUGAGGAUGAGGGCAAUUGGAAGGGUAAGAAUCGGUUGGGGAGGUGUCAUGAUGAGGCGGCGAGGAUUGUGAGAUUGGGUGAGUAGGACGUUUUGUUUAUGAAGGGUUGUCUGAGCUUUACUAGUUGGGCAUGAGAUAGUGAGAUAUCAAUCAAGCUUCAAGAAAACUUGUUAGAGCUCAACUAUGGAACAUCUAGCUAUACAGCGGCCUCGUCGGUAAGAUGGAGAAAUUCCAGAAAUUUGUUCUUUCCUCCCUUAUGGAUACGUCUAACGCGUAAUGUCUGGGAAUGGUCUCUGUGUGUUCCCUUGCUGAUACACACACAAUGAUAUUAUCGGCAUAGACUUGUCGUCCCAUAGGCUGGAGAUCUUGUACCCCAGGCACUUCAGAGCUC